AUGGCCGCCUCAAGUGGAUCUCUCCGCCCGCAUCCUCCGUUUCUUCGUUCUGCUAUUUCCCCGCCGUCGUCCUCAUCCUCCUCCUCUUGCUCCUCAUCUCUGGGGAUGUCGACUGUUGGGUCGUCGUCGUUCUCCUCUCCGGCGAGGAGGAUGGCCGUUCGGAGGGUGGCUUCUCCGGCGAAGGCUUACGUGGCUGUGGAGAAGGCCCAGGAGGAGAACAAGGAUCUCUACGCUCUCGCGGCAGAUGCAUCGGCAGCCCUUCUAGGGUUCCUGUGGAGCGAGGUGAAGGAGAGAAAACGAAGGUGGGAGCUGCAUGCAGAGACAAUGGUGGAAAAUGUGGGUUUUUUAUUCAUUUUAUUUUCCCUCUUCCCCGAUACUUGAUCGCGGGCCCCCUCACGCCCAAACCCAGUCUACAAGGCUCGAACUUGGCCCACCGCUCCGCCUCAGAAUCCUAUUAGGUAAGAGAUAUCCACCAGAGAGGGGGAGAGAGAGAGAGAGAGAGAGACACACACACACACACACACACACAGAUGAAGAUGGAUGGUGAAAGAAGAGGCGGAAAUUGCGAGAAGGGGGAGUUCUGAGAUGUUUAUGCUGUUUGGCCAUGCAGGGCAUCGUCGGCUGCCGAUUCUUCGCGUUAAUUGGCGUCGCCGGAACCCUUGUGGGCUCCAUCUUGUGCUUCGUGGAGGUAGGGAGAUCGGCUUGAUCCCGCCCAUUGAUCCAUCUGAUCUAUGAUCGAUAAGAAAAUCUUCAUCACUUCGUGGGAUGUUGCAGGGAUGCUUCCUCGUAUGGGCGGCAUUUCUCCACCGAUAUUAUGGGAGCUGGGAGAGGUUGGAGCAGGCAGGAGAGGUGAUGACCCUGCUCAUUGAAGCCACAGGUAAACCCGAAGCUGCAGUUUUCCUCGUCAGGCUAGGACACGACCUUUUAAAACCAUAGGUUUCACAGAUAAUGAGAUAGAAGUAUGUGCUACAAGUGUCAGCAGGAGUGACGGGCCCCGUUCUCUCUCUCUCUCUCUCUUGUUGGAUGAUUUUUGGUUGGUCGAUCUUCGUCCCUGAUGCACCAUCCCUCGUCGCUCAUCGCAGAGAGCUUCCUCGUCGGAUCGGCCAUGCUCUACUUCGGCAUGGGGCUCUACACCAUGUUCGUCAGCUCAGGAGGAAGCAAGGGACUCAACCGAUGGCCGAUCUCCCGGGCUCCCGCUGUCUCACCUCACAAGGUUAGCUUCCUCGUCCACCCGACCAGAAAUCAGAAAUAAAAUGCGAGUAAUCUCCACUAAUUAAUAAUCUGAGCUAAAAUAUUUCAUCUUUUUCUCUAAGUUAAUUUGGGCCUUAUAAUGGAAAACUUUAUAUCAUUAUCCUAUGACUGUAACCAGAUAAUGAGCAUGCUCGGAUAAUUCCAUCGCAGUAGGUGGCAUACUGAGGCCUAAACCCUUCUUCUUUGCCGUGUUCCAGACGCGCCCCCCCUGCAUGGAGAUGGAGCGCCCGUCGGAGGCGAAGGCCGAGCUUGGGCGGGCGGUGGUGAUGCUACUCCAAACGGGCCUCGUCGAGAAGUUCAAGAGCGUGCCUCUGACGAAUGGCCUGGACCUCGCCUGCUUCGCAGCCUCCAUCUUUUUCUCCUCCGCCGGCAUCUUCCUCCUCUCUCGCCUCCGCCACAGGCGGCGAAUCCCCGCAGGCGAAGAACUGGGAGUAUCCACAUAG